CUGUUUCUCUGUGGACUUCCGGGCGCACGCUGCUCGGCCGCCGUCCGACCGGAAUUCUCCGGCGUGCACGGCCUCUGAGCUGUCGGGGCGAUCUGCGCUGCCGCAGCCAUGGGGAUCCUGGAGAAGAUCUCGGAGAUCGAGAAGGAGAUAGCCCGGACGCAGAAGAACAAGGCCACCGAGUACCACCUGGGCCUGCUGAAGGCGAAGCUCGCCAAAUACCGGGCACAGCUCCUGGAACCCUCCAAAUCGGCCUCGUCCAAAGGAGAGGGCUUCGAUGUUAUGAAGUCAGGGGAUGCCCGCGUGGCUCUCAUCGGAUUCCCCUCUGUGGGUAAGUCCACCUUUCUCAGCCUCAUGACCUCCACAGCCAGCGAAGCCGCCUCCUACGAGUUCACCACGCUCACCUGCAUCCCGGGGGUCAUUGAAUACAAGGGCGCCAACAUCCAGCUCCUGGACCUGCCUGGGAUUAUCGAGGGCGCGGCACAAGGGAAAGGCCGCGGCCGGCAGGUGAUCGCCGUGGCGCGCACGGCGGAUGUUGUCAUCAUGAUGCUAGACGCCACCAAAGGAGAGGUGCAGAGGAACCUGCUGGAGAAGGAGCUGGAGUCCGUGGGCAUCCGCCUCAACAAGCACAAGCCCAACAUCUACUUCAAGCCCAAGAAAGGUGGUGGCAUCUCCUUCAACUCCACGGUCACGCUGACCCAGUGUUCAGAAAAGCUGGUGCAGCUCAUCCUGCAUGAAUACAAGAUCUUCAAUGCGGAAGUGCUCUUCCGAGAGGACUGCUCCCCUGAUGAAUUCAUUGAUGUGAUCGUGGGCAACCGGGUGUACAUGCCUUGCUUGUAUGUGUAUAACAAAAUCGACCAGAUCUCCAUGGAAGAGGUGGACCGCCUGGCCCGCAAGCCGAACAGUGUGGUCAUCAGCUGUGGGAUGAAGCUCAACCUGGACUACCUGCUCGAGAUGCUGUGGGAGGCCCUGGCCCUGACCUGCAUCUACACCAAGAAGCGAGGACAGAGGCCCGACUUCUCCGAUGCCAUCAUCCUGCGGAAGGGGGCCUCCGUGGAGCACGUGUGCCACCGUAUCCACCGGUCGCUCGCCAGCCAGUUCAAGUACGCCCUGGUGUGGGGCACCAGCACCAAGUACAGCCCGCAGCGGGUGGGCCUCUCACACACCGUGGAACACGAGGACGUCAUCCAGAUUGUGAAAAAGUAGCUGCACCUGCCAGGCCCCGCCCCCGGGCCUGCCAGACACAGCAAAGCCCAUCACGGGGUGGGCUCCCUUGGGUCUCCGCGCUGUCCGGGAGCUGCUCAAGUAGGCAGGUGGGGCAGAGGGGGCAGGGUUGGGGCUCCGAGUUUCCCAGGAGACCAGUCCUCCUGGCAUUCCGAGUUGGCAGUCGGGGCUGUACCCUCAGGCCAACCUGCUGCCAGCCAGGGCUUAGAACCAAUGGCAGACUCAGCACAAGGCGGGGGCAUGGGCCUGCCUGGGUCACUGGGGGUGGUGGCUACUGUUUGGGGCCCUGGCCCUGUGAAGAGCCCACUCAAGACGGGCCCCCCACCCCAACCCUGCACGACCCGAGUGGGAUCCUCAAGUGCCUCCCUCUGCUCCUGGCAGGGCAGCCCUGCCCAGCACAUAACCCCAGGGGCCCCGCCCAGCCAAGUGGCCGCUGCCCAAGUCUGGGUCCCGUGUUUUUCUCUCAGCACCCCAACCCCUCAGCUGUCCUUCCUGAAAUAAAAGAUGGAAAGCGGUUCCUGUUCAUACUGA